GAUCAUUAAGCGUCCUCAACAAAUAACUUUUACCGGGCACUAUGGAGGUGGCAGCGGAUCCAGGACCGAUUGAUCCUUCUGUCCUUACAUUGCAGGCCACACAUAGGACUGAGGACGUGUGGUGUGGCGUGGAUGUGCAAGUUGAUAGGUGUCGAGGGCACCUCCGUAGUUUGUCCCACGUGGAGGUGGACGAUAGAGUUUUAGCUUAUGUUAGAGCUGCCGGUUUUUUUGUGUACACAGAUUGGUGGCUACUGUCCCACUUGAUAGAGCUCUAGUCACCGCUCUUCUUGAGCGUUGGAGGCAGGAGACUCACACAUUUCACCUCCCAGUUGGUGAGGUGAAAGUGACCUUGGGAGAUGUGGCCGUUUUGACUGGCUUACAAGUCCAUGGGAGAGCGGUGACAGGUACAGCAUGUCGGCCAUGGGUUGAGGAUGUGGAGCGAUUGUUGGGUGUUCACCCCCUUCUCCGAACAGAGAUUCGUGGAUCAUCCCUAAGGAUGUCAUGGCUGAGGGAGCAUUUUGUUGUUAUUCCUCCAGAGGCAGAUGAGGUGAUGAUUCAGCAGCAUGCACGAGCAUACAUUUUGAUGUUGAUGGGAGCUUCCAUUUUUGCAGACAAGAGUGGGGAUGAGGUUCAGAUGUUGCCAUUGCCGAUGCUAGAGAUAUUUGAUGUAGCUGGACAAUUCAGUUGGGGUAGUGCCACUCUAACGUAUCUUUAUAGGCAGCUUUGUCGAGGUUGUCAGAGUGGGAGCACGGAGGUUGGGGGUAUUUUGCUUUUGUUACAGUUUUGGUCAUGGGAGUACAUUCACAUUGGGCGUCCCAUUAUAUCACGAUACCAUGGGCUAGAUGGACUCCCACUUCAUGAUCAGCCUCCACGUCUCCUUGGACCACAUCAUCGAUGGGGCGAGGACCCUCUGGGGCGUCGAUGGCUAUUUGCUGAUCUUUGUCGCACAUCAUCGGCUACUGGACUCGGUUUCUAUAAAGAUGCAUUUGAUCGCAUGUCGGAUGCUCAGAUUACAUGGAUGCCAUAUACAGCCCAGAUGUUAGAGGAGUUAGCCUCGAAAGGACGAGAGCACUAUGAUAUAUGGCGAGCACGUGUCUCGUUGAUCUUUUUUGACAUUGUUGAGCUUCAUUUGGCUAUGAGCAGGUCAUUCCAGUACCUGUCGACACAUGUGUAAAUCUCCAUAAGCUGGAUAGGCGUGGGAAGCCUACAGAAGAUUGGUCGCUCAGACAUGUUAGAUACAUCACUGUGUGGGAGAGGCGAGCAGAGCUUGUUGUGAUUGGGACGCCUACAUUCGUCCCAUCUGUUUGUGUAGGCUACAUGAGAUGGUAUUAGUGUAUUACAGCAUCACACGUCUGUUUGUCUCUCCUUCUUUCAGACUCCCUAAUCACCAUUACCAGCCUAGUUCCAUGGCUUUAUACUUGACGACACGGGCAUUGCAGCGUAUACAUGAGCGAGCGACUACCUCAGUUAAUGAUACACAUGACGUGGACAUGUACGGUCAGGUUCUGACGGGCAUCGCUUCGUUGUGUUCAGAUGUGUUGGGCCGAGUGAACUAUGGACAUCUUAUACAUAUGACCCCCUCUCAAGAUUAUAUGGCAUCAACAUCAUCAGCAGCAGCGGUGGGUUCUACAUCUCAGACUCAGCGGGACAGAGUUGUUCUUCAACCACGACAGCGGCGUAGGCGUAUGCGUCAACAACCACAACUCCAUGACGAAGAAUCAAGAAGACCAUGAAAACUUGUAGUCUCUCUAUUAUUGAACUUAAUCAUGUACACCAAAUGUUGUAGAAACACUUCACUUUUUUUACAUAUUUUUACCUUCAAACUAAUGGAUAUUGUGUUAUUAGUAUUUUGUCAUUUGUUUAUGAAGUGUUGAUGUGUUUGGUUAUGCAUAUCGGAUGUCUACACGCUGUUUUUAUAUUGUAUUUUUGAGCAGGUGUGUCGCUUUGUAUCAUUUCUACCAAAUUGUGUUUUGUAUGUGUUCGGUAAGUCGUUAAACGGUGAAUUGCAUUUAUCGGGAUCCAUUUAGGACAGUUUGGGUGUUAAUGUUUUUGGGGAAGGGCAAAGUCGCCAAACCGUUUGGCG